GGCAGCGCUUGAUUUCACUCGUUGCUACGUUCAUGUUAUUUCUCCAGAAGAAAAACAGAAGAUAGGUUAAGCACAGUGUAUCGUAUUCUGAAGGAAUAGAAAAAUCUUAGAAAGGAAAAAACAAUAUAUUGGUCGCAACUGUUUGUUCAUAUCGAUUACUUUAAAAAUGCAUCGUAAUAGUAAUAAGAUGUGGCUUCAUUUCAAGAAAAUAAAUGUGAACACAGCGCAAUGUAAUUUAUGCGCAUACUACAUCAAGCACUGGGGCAAUACAAGCAGUAUGAUAACGCACUUGAAAUUACACAAAAUAAAAAACACCGCGGACAGAAAGGACACGCCCAAGGAAACGAAAUUGCCCAUGAGGAAGAUAAGUCACCGGCUGAACAGUGCUGACAACACUUCACACGCUGGAGCUGGAACAAGUUUAGAAACUGCAGUUGAGACACAUGAAGGAUCACUUGUCAAGCAAAUGAGUGGAUCACUUAUAGCUUCAACAUUUGGGAAGGCAUCUUGUUCUGAUGAUGAUGAUCAUGAAGCUGAGAUAUUGGAUGCCUUCCUCUACUACAUCUGUACUGAUUACCAACCAUUUAGUACUAUGCAAUGUAAAGGAUUUAAAUAUUUGCUGAAGAAAUUGGCACCUCUUUACAAAAUUCCUACCAAAAAUGCGAUCAAAAGAAGAUUUGAUGAAAAAUAUGACGCAAUGGCCCAAAUUUUUAAGCAAAAGCUGAAUAAAGUUUUACAUAUGACCAUUACUAUAGAUACCUGGUCUGAAGCAGGGUCAUCCAAAAGGUUCUUAGGACUCACCGUACAUUUCGUAACAAGUGGAACGAAGAAGAUAGAAUCAGGAAACAUUGAAGUUAUUGAAUUGCUUGAACAUACUGUAGAUUGGACUGUACUUGCGAUUAUGAACAUUAUGCUAAAAUGGUGCAUUCCUGCUGAUAAAGUCACAGCAGUUGUAACUAAUAAUGAAUCUAAUAUAGUUAAAGCUGCCAUAGAAAUAUUUGGUCAGGACAAGCAUAUGAAUUGUUUUGCUCAUAUUAUCAAUUUGUUGGCAGAGAAUGCUCUAAAAAACUGCGAAGACCUUAAUAAUUUCAUUAACAAAGUUAGGUCGGUCGUAAUGUUUUUGAAAAACAAUACCGAUUUAACUAAUGAGCUCUAUCGGUGUCAAAUUGAUUCGGGUACAUCUGAAAACGAGGUAAAGAAACUCAUUCUGGAUGCCAAAAUGAAAUGGAUCGACAUAUUCUACAUGAUAAAACGAUUCGUUGAGUUAUGGAACAUGAUUAAUAAAGUUUUACAUAAGACGCCCGAUCUAUUGACUGCCGACGAGAUCGUCACGUUGAAAGAAAUAUUAGAUCUUUUGAAACCAUUGGAAUUCAUAGCGAAAGAAUGUUUAACCGAUAACUAUAUUGCGAUAUCAAAGAUAAUGCCGGUUAUCAAGUGCGCUAUAGCUGAAUAUUCGAAGACUAGACAGACGAUGACAUUGUCGAUGAGAUUGAAAGAAAUUAUCGUAGCAGAAUUUGAGAGGUGGUUCGGCUUAAUAGAGUUCAGUGAACCGAUUUCUAUCGCCACUAUAUUAGAUCCCCGCUUCAAAACUGUACAUUUUGUACAUGCAACGGCUCUGGACAAUGCCAAAAAGCAGUUACAAAACAUGAUAAAUGAAUCCUACUCUGAUGAAUUUGGAUCCAAUGGUCAUCAAAAAGAAACUGAGUGCGAUAUUUGGAACAAUCACAAAAUUUUGGCCUAUGAACCGAAAGAGAAAGACGCGUUUACUCUAAAGAACCAACUGUCCUUGUACCUGGCCAAUCCAUUAGCUUCCUUGGAAGACAAUCCUUUAGAGAAAUGGGAGAGCAUGAGACUGACGUAUCCCUCAUUAUACACAAUAGCGCGAAAAUACUUGUCAAUUGUGGGCACAUCGGUUCCAGCGGAAAGAUUAUUCUCAAAAAUGGGAACCGCAACGAUCCAGUCAAGAAAUCAACUGAGCAAGAAACGAUUGAGCAAACUAUUAUUUUUGAAUUCGGUAAUUUAAGAAUUUAGAAAUCGACGUGAUUGAUUUCGUUACCGAUAAUGAUAAUAAUUUUGAAAACAACCACAAGUUAUUGAUUCCAAUUAUAUCAAUGGUUGUAUAUUUUUGACAGUAACAGUUUUGUAUUUUUGAAAUAUAUCAUUUUUUUUCUAAUGACAAUUAUUGCUUUAAUAGCGUUGCCUUUAUUUUUUGAUCAUUAUUUCAAUUGCUCUCAAGAAAAAAUUCACAUCAAUUCUGAUAUUCGUUAAGCAUCUGCUUGUAUUGCAUAUUUUCAAAAUAUUGAUGUUAUAAGUAAAAAGCUCCAAACAAAUAAAAUUGUCCACGUGAGUAUUAUCAAUUUGAUCAAACUUGAUAAUAAAUUCGUGCGAAUAUACAUAUAUCUAUGCGCUGAUAUUUUUGGUAAAGAUAUUCGUCAUUGAGAUUCCCUCAAGUAUCAGUGAUGUAAGCGAGUGCUCGCGACUGAAUCAGGCAUUUUUAUUCGGUUUCUGCGAUACUUUGCGAAUCACAGAUGCCGCUCGAGAUCAUUCGAAGAAGCAAAUUGCUAAGACCCUACAGAUUGGCGGUGAUUGAGCCUACAUUGCAAAGGCCUUGGAGACAUUUAACACGCCGGCAUCGUCGUUUAUGUGAUCUGCAAAAAGUUUCUCUCGCCAAUCGAUUAGCGAGACACUCCUUGCCGGCGUCAAAAUUAACGACUCUCUUAAAAUUUUUAUCCUCACAUACUUGAUUCUUACAUAUAUCUUUAUAUAUUAAAAAAUAUUUUUAUACAAUUCAAUUUUGUAAAAAAAGUCGGUAUUUAAAAAAUUCUUAUUAUUCAUUAUUUAAUACUUUUACAACUGAAUUAUUUUAAUAUUCAAUGUUUAACUACUUUUUAUCUUUGCUUAUUAGCUUGAUGAAUUUAUAAGCAUUGCUUAUGAAGUUUUAAUUGUUUAAACGAACGUAAAAUAUGUAACUACGUAAUAACUACUGUAGAAUGAAAAGAUCUAGGUUUAGUACACAAUAAAAGUGACAGGUUAGUUACGCUCUGCAAGCAACAGUCAAAAGAAUUUUUCGAGAAAGUGAGGGAGUUAAAGGCGUUUCUAAAAUCGGUGACUUCGCUCGGUCUUAAUUCCGAGUUUAAGCAGACGACCGCGCGAUGAUUUACGAUCGCUCGUUAAGUAGUACUCCUUUGCAUUUACGGCGAUAUUAACGACGUCGGGACGCAUCACUUCAAGAUAACGCGAAGUGCUUAAUUCGGGCACUUAAAAUCAUCGCCCGACAUGCGAGUAUCCGCCGCCGAUAGUAAACGCGCAAAUUUAUUUAGUGCAUCGCGCCGCACAUCCCGAGCGCGGUCACGUGGUCACCGAGGGAACCACGUGGUCACUGCUGGCGCCAAAAGUGGGCUAACUUCUCGCGUGUCGUAAAUGUCAGCAUAAAGAUAUGUCAGGGUUGGGAAGUUACUUGUGUAACGCCGUUACCGAUACAGUUACUUUUUUUUAGUAAUAGACGUUAGUUACGGACUGGUAACAUCGUUAGUU